AUGGAAGUGAUCCACACGGCAGUGUCGGACGUGCUGCUCAUGCACGCGCACCCCAACUUCCACCUGGCGACAUUCCAGGUCGCGUCGCAGUUCAACUGCCUGGAGUUCCCCAGCUACGAUGUCAUCCCAGAGGAGGGCAUCAAGUACUACAUUGACGACCCGACACAGGGCCCAGCGUGUUCGCUCGCUGCCGCUCCGGGCACCUUGUUUCGCAACUACUUUGUGCAGGUGGAUCCUGCAAGUCCAAACGUUGGCCAGAGGCAGCGACGCCAGAUCAACAACCUCGCGGGGGUGGAGCGGCUGCUGCACACAUCUGAUCCCAAGACCUGGUUCUGGCGCGUCUCAAAUGGAUACACCAUCAUGAAGAGGAAACGCCUGCCAAAGCUUGCGCAAAUACUUGAAGAGGAACCCCAACGGCGAGAACAAAUUGUUGAGCAUUUGCGCGUCGGCGUGCAACUCGGAACACAGGUUGUGUUUCGAUCUCGCAAUGGAGACACGUUCCACCUCCUGCCGCGAACUUCAAAACAGCUCGUCAACCAAGUCUUCUGCUCAGCCAUGUCGCUCCACCCCGAUGUGGUUCACGAUGCGUCAUGCAUUGCCCCGCUGGUGCUACGAGCAUGCUACGAAGCGACAAUUGCACAGGCAAUUCUCGCCGCACAGCGCAACAACUGGGAGCACGGCGCCGCAAACGUGGUGUUGACAUUUGUUGGCGGCGGUGCGUUUGGCAACGACAUUGAGUGGAUUGUCGAUGCCAUUGCGCGCGCCUGUGCAACGUUUGCUGCGUUUCCCCUCAAGGUGUAUGUCGCGCACUAUCGGGCAAUUGACUUUGGGAUUGAGGCGAUGAUCAACAGCCGCAUCGACGCAUACCUGCAGCAAAACGCCUCGCAUGGCGAGCACAAGUGCGUGCACAUCACACGUGGCGAUUGGCAAGACGGACCCGUGGCGCGAACGUCCAGCGCACCGGAAGCAACGUCCACCGCCUUCGCGACAGAUGUGGCGCCAAUGGUGACGGCAGCUCGGGCUGUGGAUGAUUUGGCCAUCAGCACCACGAGUAGCGGCAGCACUGGUCGCAGUGGCGGGCGCACCGUGCUCAAGGUGACUGAUUCGCACGUCAUGGACGACGACGACGACGACGACGAUGAUGAUCAUGAUGAUGAUGAUGAUAGGGAUCAUGUUGGUGAUGUCGGUGAUGAUGACGGCACAGCGUUCAUUCACACUGAUGCAAAGCGAGCAAACCUGUGCGCCAUGUUGGCGAUGGCGCUGAUGGCGUUUUCAAGUGAGUGA